CUUUAAAACACCCCAACGACUCCCGGACUGUCUUCCUAAAGAAUCCAAAGAGUAGGAGGAAGAGAGGAAGCGCCGGCGUCGCCAUUGAUGGGUUCUCGUGAAAUGGAGACCGAGGAGAAGCGAAGAACUCAGCCCUCAGGGCAUGAGGGAGCGGUGUGCUACAAGUGCGGUUGGGUCUACCCCAACCCCCAUCCCAGCGCCAAGCAGCGGAGGGCCCACCGGAAGCACUGCGGGACCACCGCCGGCGCCACCGUCUCCACGGCCGGAAGCGGUGCCGGAGGUGGUGGCGGGAAGACGGCCUCGGAUGAGGAGCUCUCUGACGAAGACCGCCGCAAGAACUCUGUUGAACUGGUGGUGGAGGAUUCGAAGGUAGCGAUUGAAGAGGGGAAAGGAGUAAAAUGUUGCGUAGAAUCUGAAGGAGAAGUAGGAAAUUUGGGUAAAGAUGCGAUCUUGGAGAUUAACAAUGCUGAUAAUACUCUGGAACCAUAUGUUUUGCUUCAUGGCAGCCAAGUUAAUGGUCCUGGCAUUCAAUGCAGUGCAAGUCAAUUGGAAAGUGACAAACACUUUGAUAAUAUUGCAUUGUCCUGUAAUGCUGAUGUGUCAUAUAGUGUGAAUGUGGAUGUUGCUACCAAACAUACAGAAAGCUCUGUUUCUUCUGUAUUAACCAAAGCAUCUGUGGUUGCUUCUGAAAAGAGACAAGAUUUUGCUAGUGCUCAGUCCAAGAUUAAUAACACUGUGAUUGUCAAUGGGGAUAUUAAUGGGGAUAUUCCUGUUUCUCCAACCCUACUUGGUAAUCAUGCAAGUGAUUUCUCUAUUUUAGACUCACAAUUACAGAAGAUGGAUGGGUGUGUGGAGAUCAAUGCCCUAUUAGAUCAUGCCAGAGUAAGCACUCUGAUGAACAUCUUCCCUGAUGAAGUUUCAGCAAGUAUAAAGGAACCCAAUUCAGAUCCCUGCCAUGCACAGGAUGAGCAAACUGAUGGAGGAGGACAACUGUCUCAAAAUCAAUUAUUAUCCAAGGCUGGAUCAUGCCUAAUGGAAAAUAAUGAUGGUGAGUGCCUGGAUGCUUCUGCUCAUUCUGAUCGAACUGAGUAUCAAAAUGGUAAGCCUGACAAAUGGAAGGUGAAUGGGAAUGAACUGGAGAAUAUAAAUGCUUUACAAAUGCCAUCAAACACCCCUCUGGGAGAAAUUUUUAAAAUGGAGCCUGGAUUUUGUGAUGAUUAUGGAUCUGUGGAACCCAACAUAACUGUAAUUUCUGCUGGUGCUGAGGCUGGAAAUGAGCUAAAUUUUCAUCUGGAAGGUGAAGCCUCUGAAAUCAAUGUUCGCCGUCUUGGUACCGGACCCUGUACCGAUGCCACACUAGCACAAUAUCGGUACGGUACGGUACAGAAUUUUUUUGGCGUAUCGAGUGUCAAUAAGCCAUCCGUACCAGGUACUGAGCCGGUAUGGCGUACCAUGCCUGAAAUAGUUCCAGUGGUGGAACUGGACAAAGUUGCCAAUGGCAUCCCUUCAACCAUUCAAGUUCAUGAGAGCAAUCCUCCUUAUAAGGACACUGUUUAUAUCAAUGCAGUCAAUGAGCUGAAUGAUGAACAAAGUCGUGAGGAUGAGCAUGUUAAUGGAGAUAGGUCUACUCUGGUGGAUGAUUUUGAACGUGAAGCUGGGUUAUCUCUGGCAAUUUCUGAAGGUUUUGAAGGGUUAAGAUCAGAUGGGCUUGAAACCCAUUCAUGCAUUACAAUUACAGGAACAUCAGGAGUCCAGGAAAUAAUUUUAGAUGAUCAAGUUACUGGUUCACAUGGAACAUGUGUUGCAUCAAUCCGAUUAGAGGGAUUUGAAACUGAAUUUCAAUCUGAAGAGCACUCCUACUCAUCAACUGAACUCUUGUUAUGUGAUAAUAUGGUGGCUGCAGAAGUCAGUGGUGUUGCAACAUCUGAUUUUAGUCAAGCUAAUGUAACAACUAAGAUAAGUAAUGAAAUUCAACUUGUUAUUGAUGAAGAAACAAAGGUUAGUAAUCAUUUUAGUGCAGGGGAGCUCAAACAGGAAAUAUGUGAAGAGGAAAGUUGUCAUUCAACAAAGACUUAUCCUCAACUGAAAUAUGACACUGUGGAAUCAGAGCCCCUACCUUAUGAGUAUAUUGGAGUGAAUCAACUGGAAAAGGGCAAAGAUUUAAGUGCAUCCACUCUUUUGGAUCAUGUCUUAGGCUUAGAACAUAAUGAAAAUAAUUCCAGGAACUUGGAGAAUAGAACUGAAGAUCAUUCAGAUCAACUAGAACACGAAAAAUUUCUUCCAAUAAAUUUUACAGAAUAUAUAAUUGGGGAUGAUACUGAUGUUCCUGAUAUGAGAAUGAAGCUUCAAAAUGAUCACACAAACACAGCGAAUAGCCUUUCAGAAGAACUUCAUGAUGAAUUGGAUGACGUCAAAGUUCAGACUGAGCGUAUGGAAAACUUAUCUGGAUCUCAGCUGGGACCUCAGAAUGGCUUUCAGGAUGAUUCAAUGGUCACUUCAGUUGGUGAUGACAAUAAUUGUUCCAUUCCAGAAACAGGUGUUCAGGUUCCAUGCAUUCAAACAGAAAAUGGUCUUGCCAAACUAUCUGGUGAAGAACCAGACUCAAAAGAAAGCAGUGUUCAUUUAUGUAUUCACAGUGCACAAGAUUUCACACUCGAGGGGCACGUCACUUCAUCAACAUCGGUGGAGUCAUCUUUUAAAAAUACCAUCACUUGCAAUGACUUGGAAAUGGAUGGUAUAACUGGAGUUGCUUCUGGUGUAUGUUAUCAGUCCCUGCAAGAAGAACAUGUCCGUGGUGAACCUAAGCAACAGCCUAAUGUCUCAGCAGAUACUAAUGGCCAAACGGACAGUGUUGAAGAGAUACAGGGCUCUGUUUCAGAUGGGAUAGUACCACCCAUAAGACAUAGAACAGAUGGAAUAUCCAUCCUUGAGCCACAAAUUCUGUCGCCUGCAAAAACCCAGACUCCAGAAGAUCUUUGUACUUCUAAUGUAGAAGAAGGUUCUCUUCCAGAGAGCUGUGACAUUGACAGUGUUAUUUUUAAGGAACCUUCUUUCAUGACCCAAGUGGAACCUGGUAGACUAUCAGUUUCUCAUGAGAUCCAGUCGAUACAGAAUUCACAAGGUGAAUCUGAAGCUGGAAAGAAGAAUGAAGAGAUAACUGCGAAGGCUGCAAGGUGGAAUUCUGGAAAAGUUCAUGUUCCCUUGAAAACCCUCCUUGCCAAGGCGAACUUUGAGAACCAGCAGGUAGCAAAUGCCCGAGAGCAUGACAAACCAUUGGAGGAGGACAAAAGUCGGGCCUCGCAGGAUGAGAGAUGCACAGCAAAGGCCUGGAGUUCCAAAAUAGCUUCUGAGAGGCCUACCGAGUCCUCUCUUAGUCGAGCAGAUUACAGCGAGUGGAAUUCUCCCGCGAGGCUUCCUGUCAAUAAGAACCAGAAGAGGAGAGCUAAAGGAAAACAACCAUGGGUAUCAUUUAGUUGCUGCCCAUCCAUUUAUUGAAUUCAUCUGUUGUGCCCAGUGGCUGCUCUCUCAUAGGCUGGUCACCCAUUGCAAAUGGAGCAGUGGCCUCACCACUUAAUUACUAUUGCAAUAUAGAACCAUUAUUCUUCGAAUUCUGUUAUUGCAGAUUUGGAUAUAGACUUAUUUGCUGAUCUCUGUAAGUAUUUAGCUUUGUUGGUGAUUUGGUGUUCCCUUUCCUUUCUGGCUUUUGUAUAGUGUUAGCCUCAGAACUUCUACCAUAAAUUAGGGCAAUUUCGAUGCUAAUGGUCAAGUUAGUACAAGGUAUCAUAUCCUUGGAUAGGUAUCAUAUCCUUGGAUAGGUGUCUUUCGAUGUUGUUUCAGUUAAACCAAAUUAUGAAUGGUUUACCUUGUUAUUUUAUAUUUAAUCAUCAAUCAUUUUCUCCUGCCUUCU